AUGCCUCGUCCGGGGAAAAAUUCCUACAGUGAUCAAAAGCCUCCUUAUUCAUACAUCUCAUUGACCGCAAUGGCCAUUCAGAGUUCCGCGGAGAAGAUGCUUCCCUUGAGUGAGAUUUACAAAUUUAUCAUGGACAGGUUUCCUUAUUACAGAGAAAACACACAGCGGUGGCAGAAUUCUCUCCGCCACAACCUCUCCUUUAACGACUGCUUCAUUAAGAUCCCGCGCAGACCUGACCAGCCAGGCAAAGGCAGUUUCUGGGCUCUUCAUCCCGACUGUGGAGACAUGUUCGAGAACGGCAGCUUCCUCCGCCGCCGUAAAAGGUUUAAGGUGCAUCGGUCGGAACACUUCAGCGCCAAAAAUUCACAGAUGAUCCAUUAUUUCCAGCACCACCACCAACAACAAGCCAAAUUGGGACUGGCCUCACCGGACACUGCCCCAACAAUGGGGCGCCUGCCCCAGUUCCAGCCGUACGGAGUCAACGGGCCUCAGUCGACUGGAUUUAAGCACCCAUUCGCCAUCGAGAACAUCAUUGGAAGGGACUAUAAAAGUAUGAUGGCCAGCGGGCUUCCUUUAGCCUCUGUAAUGCACCACCUUGGUUACCCUGUUCCAAACCAGCUCAGUAACAUGGUGGGAUCCAUGUGGCCACACGUUGGUGUCCUAGACUCCAUGGCUCCUAUGCCAGUUUCACCAGAUUACAGCCCGUUUGGGGUGCCCAUGAAGACGAUUUGCCACCCUGGCACUCAGACAAUGCCAGCCGUCCCUGUGCCUAUCAAACCCACAGUAUCCCUGGCGUCCAUCUCCACUUUGCCAGCCCCAGGAGCCCUGCCUGGCAGCCCCACGCAGAUCUGUCCGUCAUCUUCUUCAUCUUCCUUGCAUCUAGAUCAGACUCGAUCAGCCUCCACCGAAGGCAAAACUAACUCCUUACACUCUGUGCUCGUCCAUUCGUGA